AUAACGCCCUCUACGUUUGAAAUAAGACAACAAAUAAUUUCGUUGAAAUCGGACGAGUACGGAGUAUAGUAGUGAGAAGGGAGCGAGAAUAAAUAAAAUCAAAUAUAAGUUACUUUGGCAAGCCUAGGUCUAUGGAGUAUGUUCAUGUAAGCCUACAUGUAGUGCUUUGACUCGCCGGCACAAUGCACCAGGCCCAGUCGAACACCAAUUCAACCCAUUUUCGACGUAAUUGGGUUGGAUUCUUUCUUCUUGGUCUAUCUAACAUGCUACCCUAUGCCAUGGUUAGUGCUGCAGCAAACUCUAUCGCGAGAAGCUAUCACAAAGAGGGCUUUGUUGCAACAAUAUAUGGUGCUGUAGGAUCUACGACGAUCGUUGUCAAAUUGCUGAACACAUUUGUUUUAACACGAGUGUCAUACACCAUCAGGUUCACAACUAACACCUUGGUACUGUUAUUAGGAAUAGCCGGGGUAGCUUACGCUCCUACUUUCAUUACUGCUAUCUUUGCUGUGGUUAUUGUUGGAGCAAGUUACGCCUUUGGAGAAAAUUUAGCUUUAGGGUACUUAUCAAAGUUUGAUAGUCGACUGGUGAAUGCCUGGUCAAGUGGGUGUGGCUGUGCCGGAUUGAUCAGUGCACUAUUUGUCAUUGCAGCUGGAUGUCUUAUUAAACCUACGCUAGACAAAGCAUCUGAUCUGAAGGAAGUUGAUUGGUAUAGUUUCCUGGCGUGCUGUCCAUUCGUAUUUCUCUACCUGAUUGCGUACCUCAUGGUGAUCGUUGAAGCUCCAGGAGAGAGUGACUUAACCCAGGUCAAUGGUUACAGUGUGAAUGCAGCACAUGUAACCGAUGACAAUCCCAGAACUGAACAAGAUUCGUUACUCGGACAUGAACAGUCCUUAUCACACGGAGAACCAAGACGACUCACUAUGUCUGAUAGAUGGCGCUGUUUUAAACUUAUAUGGAAGUUAGGAGUCAAUCUUGCCAUUGCCACUUUCGCAACCUUUGUUUGUCGUGUGGCGUCGGCCAAAGCUGAGGACAAAUCAAAGUACAAUCAGGAUUGUCCGGAGCUCUUUGUUUCUCUCCAGCUUUGCUUCCAGGCCGCCCAGUUUGCUUCUCUGUCUUCCGUCCAGCACAUAAAGAUUCGUCGGGUGGACGUUCUAGUCGCCAUUCAGUUUAUCAAUGCUGUAGUAUGGAUAAUCAAUACAGUAUAUAAGUUCAUGCCUGUUUACAUCCUACCGGCCUAUAUGGUCUUCAUUGGACUGAUCAUGGGGGCCAUAUAUGUCAAUACAUUUUACAUGGUGCACAACGAUGACAUCUUCCCCUCGGAACACAGAGAUUUACUGGCCAAUAUGACCGGAACAUUCCUUACAGUUGGUGUAUCUUUGUGUAGUAUCUUGAUGACAGUACUCUACAAGAAAGUACUGUUCGACUAUUGACCCUCAUCUAUCCAUCCAGUUCUAUCUGACCGAGGAGUCGUCCACUCUCGGUCAUUAUUUUGGACAUCCUGUGGAAUUGGUCAUAUGCAAUGAGCACAUGCUGCAUUGAGAUGUCGUGAUGAAUACGCCAGACAGGGCCCAGUGGUCAUGAAAAACUGGAAUUGAAAUGUAAGGGUCUUGGAUUCAAACCCCAAUGAGGAAUAGGUAUCUACUACCAUCACAACCGCUCUCCACCCAGGUGCCCAGUGUAUUUCAGAAGGGAUAGAAGGCCUGUAUGCACAGGAGAUGAUGUGCGUGUGUUAUUUGCAUGCAGCACUCAUGUCAUGGUUUGAAUAAAAGAGCUGUAAAGAUGUACAAUAUUUGAAUUUGAUAAGUUUUAAAUUAAUGUUAAAGAAAUGUUUAUGCCUCCCUUUGCCUGUUGUACAUACCGUCAACUGGGGUGACUUUGGACUUUGAAAUGAUGUUUGGGUGACUUCAGACACACCUCAGAAAAAGAUAUACCUGUUUAUCCUCCUCGAUCAUUUUUCUCCAAAUAAUAUUUUUGUUUGAUAUUUGUGGCAGUAUUUAGGUUAUAGAAGGGAUGUAAGAAUAUGUUAUAACAAAUAAAAAUGGUUUGGAGGAUACACCGGUAAAUCUGUUCACAAAUGUUCCGUCCAAAAUCUACCCGUUUGAUGGUAUUAUUUUUUGAUGACUGGUGCAAUAUGCUUAGAUCGAUUAUACAUUUAUGAAAAAAUUGAUGAUUCAUUUUAUCUACAAUAGAAGCAUGUAGAAAUGCGAUUCUGAAUAUAAUUAUUUUUAUUGUGUGUGUUUAGAUUGAGUUUAAUCGAUAUAAGUAUUAUGAAAUAUAGUAAUAGACAGUACAGGGAAUAAUUAGCAUCAGUCUUGUGUAGUAACAGAAAUCUGAGGGACUCUUUUGAGUGGUUUAUUGAUCGAAUCUGACUCCUCAUCUUUUACCUUCAAAUCUUCCAUUUUGGAUAUAGAUUCAUUUAUUUCACACCUCUUUAAAAUACAUAAAUACAAAUAAAAUUCUUAUACAACAGAACAGAUAUUGACAAGCACCGGUAUAUGGUAUAAGUAUCCAUAAACAUAUAGUAAAGAACAGCGAUCUCCGCUGUACGGCGAAUGUGGUUGAAAGACAAAGCCAUUGGCCUAUCGAGGUCUGUCCCCCUGAUUACCGUACAACAGAGAAAGGACUUACACAAUUUAGAAAGAAAAAAAAAACCAUAAUGCAAAGAAAAGGCAAAGCAGAAGAAUAAAAGUCCUAAUUAGCAAGGGGGGGGGGGCAGGCAAUUUCUUGACAGACAAAAAUCAGGGAAGGUGACUUUGGAAUCAGUUAUAUGGUGAUGUCAAAUACCAUACUUCUAUAGCAAAAUUAUAUACCUGUUCCAUGUAUAAUUGAUUUCGUGACUCCUUUACCAGACUUGAGAUUGGAGUCUCAAAAUAGACACAAAGUGACAUAAGAGAGGAAAGAAUGAAACUUAGAAGAGAGUUUAGGGAGAUUAAAGAAGUACGAAACCGACAAUUGAUAGAAUAAAUAUAUCAAGAUAUGGAAUGCUUUCAUAUCAGAAUUUCUUUAUGUAAGAAUUUCCUCUGUAAAUGAACAUACUGAUAUUAACAUGACUUAUUAUUUUACUGUCUUUCAAACUCGACUCAUUGUCACUUUACCAAAUGGUGGUUGUUACGCGAGCAUAAUUUUUAUCUACUUUUACUUUUUGAGAGUGAUAUGAUCUUGUGUUUUUGAAUUUUUAAAAAAAUGUCUCUUCAUGCACUGAAUGAUUGUUUAAAGUCUUUAUAAAAUAUUUGCAAUAUUUCAUAGAUUUUUAUACAUAAUAAAGAAUGAUAUAUACAUGUAUAUGUAUAUAUACACACAUUUUUAUAUUUGGUUUGUUUUAUAUAUAGACAUGUUUUAUAUAUAGUACAUUUUUCAAUAUUAUUCUUCCAUAAACUAUCAAUUUUGUACUAUUUUCUUUAAGAUACUAUUAUGGAAACAAAUUUUUUAGUAAUUCACUUCGCUUAAUGACUUUGAUGCCAUUCUUGUGAGUGAUUUUUUUAAAAUUUAAAAUGGAAUGAAUACUAACUAAAUUAUUUCAUGUAUACUGUAAAUUAUUUUGUAUUCUGUUUUCUAGCCAUCAUUUGGCACAAAAACUCCAAAGAAUAUAUAAUGUAGUGCUUAAUAUGGGUUCAUGAAAUGCCCUCCUUGGAACUGUUUCAU